AUGGCGAUACUGAGGCAGAGGGUACUUUUAAAACAGAGUCCAAGAUCAGAGAUCUAUGAGGCUGAGAAUUUGGGUUUUUCCAUCCUGGCAAUCUGGCUCCCAGAUACUCUGAUAAAAACACUCAUAAAUAGUGUAAAACUGAAAACUUGUUUUCUUUUUCUACAUACAAUAACUUUACUACCAAUCAUUUUUUCCGUCCUGAAAAUGACAGAAUUUAUUCUAGGAAAUUUUGCCAAUGGCUUCAUAGCACUGGUGAACUGCAUUUACGGGGUCAAGAGAUGAAAGAUGUCCUCAGCUGAUCAAAUUCUCAUGGCUCUUUCCAUCUCCAGAACUGGUUUGCUGUGGCUCAUGUUAAUAAAUUGGCAUGCAACUGUACUUACUCCAGUUUUAUAUAGUUUAGAAGUAAGAAUGAUUGUUCGUAUUGCCUGGGCAGUGAGCAACCAUUUUAGCAUGUGGCUUGCUACUAGCCUCAGCAUAUUUUAUUUGCUAAAGAUAGCUAAUUUCUCAAGCUGUAUAUUUCUUUACUUAAAGUGGAGAGUUAAAAGUGUACUUCUCGGAAUACUGUUGGGGACAUCGGUCUUUUUGGUUUCUUAUCUUCCAGUGCUAUGCAUAGAUGAGAAUAUACAGACUAAUGAGUAUGAAGGAAAGAUCACUUGGAAGACCAAAUUGAGGCACACGGUAUACCUUUCAAAUAUGACUCUAUUCAUGCUAAUAAACUUUGUACCCUUUGUUAUGUCCUUGACAUGUUUUCUGCUGUUAAUUAUUUCCCUAUGGAAACAUCUCAGGAAGAUGCAGCUCAAUGACAAAGGAUCCCAAGAUCCCAGCACCAAGGUCCAUCUAAGAGCCAUGCAAACUGUGGUCUCCUUUCUCUUCCUAUUGUCCUGUUACUUCCUGACUCUAGUUAUCUCAGUUUGGAAUUCUAAUAGGCUCCAGAAUGAAUGGCUUCUCAUGCUUUGCCAGGCUCUUGGAAUGUUGCAUCCUUCAAGCCAUUCGUUUAUCCUGAUUUGGGGAAACAAGAAGCUAAGACAGGCCUUGAAAAAUAUAAGAAAGAUGAUAAGAUUACCAUACCAUUAA